CUUUUGUUAGCUACUGAAACAAGGUUCCGCUUUAGCAUGAUGUUGUUCUGAGGACUGAAAGCAGAUAAUAAGACUUUCAUCUCAACUACCGAGGUAAAGUCAUUUAUAGCUGUAUAUCAUUUGUAAGCCACACGGUAACUAGAAAGCGUGUUCUUUAAAGUGUUUUGGUUGUAAUUAACGAAUGUCAACGAAGGAAAGAUUAUUAGCAGCAGUAAUAGCCGCUCGAUGGUCACACUGUAGCUCAGUUCAAGGUUCAACUUAGAGUAAAGAAAAACAGUCUCGUCACGACAAAAUGUCAGACUCUGCUGACAGUCGGACUAAAACAUUAAAUUUCAACGUCGGGGUGCUCGGACAUGUCGACAGCGGGAAGACGUCGCUUGCUAGGGCGCUGAGCAGCACCGCCUCAACAGCCGCCUUCGACAAGAACCCGCAGUCCCGUGAGAGAGGCAUCACGCUGGACCUGGGCUUCUCCUCGUUCACGGUGGACCUCCCGCAUCACCUGCGGGACAGCGUCGCACAGCAGCAGUAUGACAGCCUGCAGUUCACCCUGGUAGACUGUCCGGGGCAUGCCUCUCUGAUUCGGACUAUUAUUGGAGGUGCUCAAAUCAUUGACCUGAUGAUGCUGGUGGUGGACGUGGUGAAAGGGGUGCAGACGCAGACUGCAGAGUGUCUGCUUAUAGGAGAGCUGACCUGCCCUCGCAUGGUGGUGGUCUUGAACAAGACUGACCUCCUGCCAGCCAACAAGAGACAGAAUGCUAUCGAGAAAAUGACCAAGAGACUGCACAAAACACUGGAGAGCACCAGAUUUAAGGAUUGUCCAGUGAUUGCUGUGGCAGCGAAGCCUGGAGGCCCAGAGGCUGCUGACAGAGAGGAGCCACAGGGAGUGCCAGAUUUAAUAGAGCUUCUGAAGACACAGACAUACCUUCCUCAGAGAGACCCUGGAGGUGAUCUUCUGAUGGCUGUGGACCAUUGCUUCUCCAUCCGUGGUCAGGGAACAGUCAUGACUGGGACUAUCCUACAGGGGUCGCUGGCCAUCAAUGACACAGUGGAAAUUCCAGCGCUAAAGGUGACCAAGAAGGUAAAGUCGGUGCAGAUGUUUCGGAAGCCAGUGUCUGGGGCCAUGCAGGGAGAUCGUGUGGGUGUGUGUGUGACACAGUUUGACCCUAAACUGUUGGAGCGUGGUGUAGUGUGCACCCCAGGCUCCCUGCGCACCCUCUAUGCAGCUGUCAUCUCCGUCAGGAAGAUAGGCUACUUCAAGGGCUGUCUUUCCACACGUGCCAAGUUUCACAUUACAGUGGGACAUGAGACUGUCAUGGCGAGGGUGACCUUCUUCGGCCUGCCACUUGUGGGUGCCUCAGAGCCCCCUUCAGACACUAAAGCACCUCCAGAGGCGUGCUCACUAGAAACACCCUUCACCUUUGACAGGGAGUACUUCUACCAGGACGAAUAUCUGACCGGUCAGGGAGAGGCGAACUCAGGACCCGACCCAGAGCAAUGGGCUUUGUUAGAGUUUGAGCGACCAGUCACAUGUCCCUCACUCUGCCUUGUGAUUGGCUCCAAGCUGGACACAGACAUCCACGCUAACACAUGCCGUUUGGCCUUCCAAGGCCGUCUGCUGCAGGGGUUUGAAGAUAAAGGCUAUGCUGAGACCACCUUGCUUCACCUGCGCAUCUACAAGACCAAACACAAGGAGGGACAGGUGGAAAGGGUUACAGAUGAUUACACUGUGAUCGGCCGCAACCUGUUCAAAAAGGAGACCAACCUCCAGCUCUUUGUGGGGUUGAAGGUCACGUUAUCGACAGGUGAGACCGGCGUUAUUGAGGGCGGGUUCGGACAAAGCGGGAAGUUUAAGAUUCGGAUACAAGAGGGUCUUCUCCCAGAAACCAAGCAGUUGUUAUCCUCUACCUCUAAGAAGAAAGGGAAGGGGGGGAACAAAGGCGGACCAGCAAACGAAGAGGAGCCCAAAGCUGAUUCUCAGCCUGUUAGCAUUCACUUGCAUUUCAAGCGCUAUGUCUUUGAUCCCCAUAAGAAGAUGGUGCAGUCGUAACCUUUAUUGCACAACUUUCACACUGACACUGUGUGGCAAUGCUGGAGACAGGGAGAGGACAGCUUCAGAGCUCUUUUAGAAGCGAGGGUAAUAACAGGCCUCUGUAUCAGGGGUUUGUUCACUUUUGUUGCCUCUUUUUCUUGGGAUGGAAACAGUUUGCUGAAAUGCAAUGAUCGCAGAACACUGAAUGCAUGUGAAGCACUUACUGUUUUUUCUCCAUUUAUGGAGAUGGAAGCUGUUCUGCAUUUGAGUUGUCUUACAUAAUCAUACCUCAGUUAAAUUCUGAUUUGAUUUGCCGCAAACCUUUCUGUCUUCCUAAUUCAGCAGAGCCGUAAUUGCCAUAAUCACAUGAUCCCACAUUCACAAAAUAAGCGCAGGUUUCUUCAGAUCUCUGAACCCCCGUUGCAAUAUUUUUCUUCUCAAUUUAAUUUCUUGUAAUGGAGGUUUGUAGAGGUACUUUUUUUUAACCCUGAAUAGCAAUUAUAUCAGAGGUAUCUAGAGUUGAAUUGCAGAAAGACAAAUAAAGUAAACCCAUCCUGAAACUCCAUUUCUGACUGUUAUUUUCUGUGUAAAUGUCCUUCAUCAAAUGAGUUAAUGAUCACAGUGAGUAGUUGUCUCACAGAAUAAGAUGAAUUCAUCAGCAAUGUGCAAAACUUUCACUACAAUGCCAGUCACAGUUUGUAUGUGCUGUACCUGCUGCUGCAUAUGUGCAAUAGCAGUACACAAAUACAUACUGAACC